GAUUGACAGCAGUAGUCCUAGAGGCAAAGUUGUUCAGAAUGAUUAGAUUUGAUGUAUGAUACAAAGAAUAAGUGUAUAUCUGAAACAUUGAAUGAUAUUCAGUCAUUUACACACCAUUUAUACAGCCAUUUUCAAGUUUUUAAAAAACUAUUAUAGCCCCACCAAGUGGCCAAACUUCACCAUUUUUGACAAGUGCCCUUAGACCGACGCCCCACAUAAGCUUACAAAGUUUAGUCAAAAUUUCUCAUUCCGUUCAAGAGUUAUAGCCAUUUAAGCUAGUAUUAGCGAGUAUUAAACACGAGUAUUAAACACGCUAACUGUCAUUUAUUUAGAACUUCAUGGAGAAGCCUUUGUUUGUAAUGACAGCUUCAAGAAACUUCCUGUAAGAAGAAAUUAAUCAGCGUGUAGUAUGACAGACAAAGUUCAGUUUUGCUCUCGUCUGACCAGACUACACUCUCCCAGUAUUUCAUAGACCUGUCCAAAUGAGUUGUAGCAAACUUUAAACGAGCUUCAACAUGCCUUUUCUUUAGUAAUGGAGUCUUGAGGGUGAGCGUGAGCAGUGGAGUGCAUUGCCUAUUGUUUUCUCUGUGACGAUGGCACCUGAUUUGAACUGUGAAAAGGAGUCCAGCUGAUGGAUAUGACGUGGGAGUGAGUUCCAGUGUUUGGGUACUGAGUUGAGUUUAAAAGCUGGAACAGUGAGGAGAGCAGCUGAGGAGGAUCGGAGAGAACAUGCUGGGUAUCAGGAUGGGGAAGAUCUGAAAUGUAGGAGAGAGGCAGGUUAUGAAUGGCUUUAAACCUGAGCAGUAGAAUUUUAUAGUGAACUCGUUGGACAGGAAGCCGGUGGAGAUGAGUGAGGGACGGUGUUAUAUGGUCAGUGGACUUUGAGCAUUCAGAGUAUGUAUGCUAAUUCAAAUAUUUUGGUAAAAUGUAUUAAAACAGUGCUACGUUUAUCUUGGGGGUGGGGCUAUGAAUCAGGCGUCAAGUUGCUCGUGUCGCUUGUAGUUUAUCUCUUGAGUGUGUAGCAACCUCUACUGUGGUGUUUUUUUAAUUUUUAUAUUUUAUUUUAUUUAUUUAUUUAUUUAUUUAUUUUUUAAAACACAGUAGUAGCUGUAUUAGUAGCUAUAUUACUUCUAGAGCUGACUAGUUAAAAGGAAGUUUCUCUGUAUGUAACAUUUCUUUGUAUGCCUGAUGCCUACAAGAUACAAACUACAAGCAGCACGAGCAACCUGUUACUCACUUGAGUGAAUGUAGGGUGGUGUUGUGGUGUACUGCUUAAGAUAUAUAUAUAUAUAGCACAUUUUGUAUUGAAAUGUUUUCAGAUGCAGACAUGGACAAUGUGACUGAGUGCGAGUGUGGAAGUCAGCCAGUGUGCUUCGCUCUGCGUAAAGGCUACGAGGUCCUAUACCCGUUCAAUAUGGAGUUCAGCCUGCUGGCUGGCUGCAUGCUUUAUAUCAUGUGGACGAACGUGGGGCGUCAUGUGAUCGGAACCCACUCCGGCCACGCCCAGAAGAUCACACUGCGGAUCGUGCGUCGUGGUGGUGUCCUGCUCGGGCUGAUCCUGGGCGUGAUGGUGCUGAUCUCCGGCAUUGUGGUUUUCCUUCUGUACCAGGUGUGGGUGGGGCAGAAGAAGAAACGGCUGGAUGCUUUUUUGAUGUUUUACUACUUUCGCAUUUGCCUGAUGCCUGUGAUGGUUCUGUGCUCACUGGUGGCAACACUAGUGUACCGCUGGAAAGAGAGUAGAGGCCAUAGCCAACAUCAAGGUGGCAAGGCUAAAGGUGAAGGAGGUGCGGCUAAAAACCCAACACGUCGUCUGGACGCACUGCUGCUACUGGGCGCCGGACUCGGGCAGCUCUCGCUCUCAUACUUCUCCUUGGUGGCGGCUUUGGCUCUUGGAUCUGGAGGGGUUCUGGGAAAUUUACACCUGGCAUACUCACUACUCAGCCUGUUGGAGCUCAUACUACAGAACAUCUUCAUCAUCCAGGGUCUGCACUCUCACUUACACACUCACACACAGCCACACACAUACUCCAUCAAGAACGAGGUGGGCGGUGAGGAUGCCGAGAUGAGAGUGAGGAUGCCGAGGUGGGCGGUGAGGACGCCAAGGUGGGCGGUGAGGAUGCCGAGGUGGGUGCUGAGGACACUGAGGUGGACGCCGAGAGGGCUGAAGCGGAGGUUGUCCAUAAGGUCAGUAUCAUGUUUACACAGAGCAAGCAGUGUGGUGUUUUUGUUUGUUUUUUGCUCAGUUGAUGUCACUUGUGUCAUGUCUCAGUUGAUGGUGAGGAAUGGGGAGAGUACGGGCCGAGGAAAAUCGUUCUUGUAUCCCAAACAUGACGGUCAUCGCUGGAGUAAGAGGGUCAUCCAGGAGAUCUGUGCUUUCCUCAUCCUCUCCAACAUUAUGCUGUGGGUGAUCCCGGCGUUCGGAGCACACCCUCAGUUCGAGAGCGGCGUGGGGAAGCAGUUCUUUGGUUUCUCGGUGUGGUUCGUGUUGGUGAAUCUCGGCCAGCCGCUCACCGUCUUCUACAGGACGCACUCUGUAGGAGCACUGAUGGAGCUGCUCAUCUCUGCAUGAACGAACACAUGCGUGUGCUAUACAUCACAUAAUGCAUCACAAUACAUGGUACAGUAGAUUGAACACUAUGGGUAGAAGCAGCAAUAUUCAGUUUUUUGGAUAAAUUGCAUCUAUUAACAUGUUUUUCUCUCGAACUGUAGCUGUUGUAACUGUUGAAGAUGCAUUUGAGCUCCGCCCACUUCAAUCAAGUAAUGUCUUAUAUCCAUGAAUCUUGCAUUCUGAUAUAUAAUACAUUUGUGUCAUGACGUGCAUGUCCAUUUUCUUUAUAAACCACACUGACUAGAGUGCAGACAUGAA